AUGGUGUGUGUUCAAUGCAAAUCACUGCAGAGAUUCUUUGAUGAGAGUGGAUUAUAUGAUAUGGAAGAAAAUGAGGCAAAACUCUCCAAGUGGGCAUUUGGUAUUUCUGGUCCUAUUCAUCUCACUCAUGUCGAUUGGAGGAAACUAGAUGACACAAAAUCUGUUGCAGCUAGUUUGGUUCAAGGAGUGUACCUAUUGCAAAGUGAUCGUCGGCUGAAAAGAAGUGGACAUAAAGCAGUAGCUCCAAUGUGGUGGAAUACCUUUAAUUUCCAAUGCAUUAAAGUUCUUGUCGAUCAAUAUGAUUCUUCCAUAUUUGGAGCAAUUUUUGAAUACAAACCCCAUUUUCCUAACAAUAAUCAACAAGGAGUUCCCCCAAGGUACGUUAUUGCCAUCCGUGGCACCCUCAUGAAACCCGGCACACGAAUUCGAGACCUAUAUUUGGAUAUCCAAAUCCCACUAAAUGGUUUGACACGAGACUCGCGGUAUCAAAUGGCAUUUCAAGAGUUACAAGCUAUACUAGCCCAUAUAAGCCCUAAACAAGUUUGGCUAGUCGGGCACUCCCUAGGAGCAGCUUUCGCCCUCCAAGUAGGUAAAGAUAUGGCUAAAUUAGGAUGUUACAUUGAGACUUUUCUUUUUAACCCUCCAUACACGUCUGCCCCAAUUGAGAAGAUAAAUAAUUCGUAUUUGAAGGGAAGGAUUCGUAUUGCUAAAAGUCUUGUAACAGCCGGUAUCUAUCUCGUUAAAAACUCUAAUAAGGAUGAUAACUUGACCCAACGACAUGACCAGUUUCUUUCAUUAUGUUCUUGGACUCCGUAUAUGUUUGUAAACCCAAAAGAUCCAAUUUGUUGUGAGUAUAUUGGGCAUUUUGAGCAUAGAGGAAAGAUGAAGAAAUUGGGAUUGGACAAGAUUGAUCUUCUAGGAACCAAGAAUUCAUUGAUGAGCAUGUUUGCAGGUGCAAAAGGGAGGAUUGGUGAGCCACCACAUCUAAUUCCCUCAGCAUCACUUACUAAGAAUAUGAUCAAUUUAGAGCAAUGUGUUCUGCAGGAAGCUCAUGGUGUUAAACAAUGGUGGCAACCACAUCCACAUUGGCAUUCUAAGCUGUAUAUAUACGAAGAGUGUGAUUGUAAGUGACUAUGCUUGAUCAAAUGCAAGCAAAGAGGGUGGAAGGGGAGUUUGGGGCUUGUUAGGCCUCUGGGUGAGUGGUUUCGUGCGACGACAAUCCAGAGGAAAUUCAGCUUACCACGGGUUGCAAGCAAAGAUAUAAGAAAGGUUUGGCAAUGCUAAUAAAUAAAGGUAAUAAUCUAAUAAUGAAGGAUUUGUAAAAGUAUAAUAUUUCUUUCAUAUAUUGUAA